CUGGCUGUAAACCCAAGCGCUCCAAUUCUAAGCCACUCGCCUCUCACAGAGAGAAACCAAGCUCUGCGUUUCCCUCUAUGGCCAGAAAUACUUAACCCAAACACUGCAACUUCCCAAACCAACCUCAAGCUCAAUCCAUGGCUUCCAUUGCCACCUGCUUCACUCUACCUCCCAAGCCUCUCGCUCGCCUCAUAUCCAAACCCUCACUCUUCCCCAACCGCCUCCACGCCUUUCCUCUCUCCCAAACCCCAGUUUUCCCUGGCUUCUCCUCCAAGGUUCGAGAUUCUAGGGUUUCGGUGACGGUCGUUCGAGCCAGCCUCGACGCCGUCACCGGUAUCAGGCCCGGCGGAGCUGUCGAGAGCGACAAGCUGCCGUCCGAUGUCAGGAAGCGCACCAUGGACGCUGUCGACGCCUGCGGAGGGAGAGUGACGAUUGGUGACGUGUCCAGCAGAGCUGGGCUGAAGCUCAAUGAGGCUCAGAACGCUUUGCAGGCUCUCGCUGCCGACACUGAGGGCUUCUUGGAGGUCUCGGAUGAAGGCGAUGUGCUUUAUGUUUUCCCCAAAGAUUUUCGAGCAAAGCUUCUUGCCAAGUCGUUUCGAUUGAGAAUUGAGCCUGUGCUCGAGAAGGCAAAGGCCGGGACCGAGUAUGUAGCGAGGGUUUCAUUUGGAACUGCGUUGAUUGCCUCCAUUGUUCUUGUUUAUACUGCAAUCAUUGUUGCUCUCUCGUCGAGUAGGAGUGAGGAUGAUAAUCGUGGACGACGUGGAAGAUCAUAUGAUUCGGGGUUCACUUUUUACAUGAGUCCCGGUGACCUCUUUUGGUUCUGGGAUCCAUAUUAUUAUCGGAGGCGGCGAGUGCAAACCGAGGAUAACAAGCUGAAGUUCGUUGAAUCUAUUUUCUCAUUCGUAUUUGGCGAUGGUGAUCCAAAUCAAGGAAUUGAAGAAGAGAGAUGGAAGUUGAUCGGGCAAUACAUAACCGCUAAUGGUGGUGUUGUUGCAGCUGAAGAGCUUGCUCCAUAUCUUGAUUUAGAAUCAUCAGGGGGAACUAUGAAUGAUGAAACAUACAUCUUACCUGUUCUUUUACGGUAUGAGGGUCAGCCUGUGAUAGAUGAAGAGGGAAACAUUCUCUACCAAUUUCCCUCUCUACAGCGUACAGCAUCUUCUCAAAGAAGUGGAAGGAAAGAAUAUGUGGGGAGAAGAUGGACUGAUUUUGUUGGUGGAGUUGAUAAAUAUUUUACAGAGAAGAAAUGGCAAUUCAGUAACACUAGCAUUUCUGAGAGAGCACUAGUCGCGGGACUUGGUGGACUUAAUUUAUUUGGGGUUAUCAUUCUUGGAGCCAUCUUAAAGGAUACUACAGUUGCACCAGUUGGUUUUAUUAAGUUCAUUACUAGCAUAUUUCCACUACUUCAGAUUUAUGCUGGUUCCUUCUUUGCGAUUCCUUUGUUCCGAUGGUUCAUUGUGAGCAAGACAAAUGCUGACAUAGAAAAAAGAAAUCAAGCAAGACUGAAAUCUGCUCGAGCCCUUGAAUCGCCAGAUAUCUCACUAAGACGAAAGCUGCUCAGUGCUCGAGACAUGGCCCAAAAAACAGUCAUAGGACAGGAUAGAAUUGUAUAUAGUACUGACAGGGAUUUGGUUGAGCAAGACUAUGAGGCCCAAGAUUGGGAUAGAAGAUUUCGAGAGAUAGAGAAGUCAGAUUGAGAAGAGGCUACUGUUGCUUGGUAAAGUUGGACUAGAGCUACUAGUUUUCUCCUUCAAGGACAUGAGAGCUUCACAACAAUUGUUGCAAAACCAUCACACUGGAAGUUGUAUUUGGCAAGCUGUUGAUGCGCCGUUGAAGCCUGCAGUUGUUUACAUUCUGAAAUUUGUAGGGGUACUGCCAGGAGUUACACCUUGUAAUAUAGAUUUUAGGUGGUCAGCAUAACCAUUUACAAAUGUGAACUUGAGCAUCACAGGGCUCAUAUAUAUUUGUUGGGAAUCCCCUACUGCAAUUAGUUCAACAUUUGGGAGCGGAAAGGCUUUUUGUGGCAAUGAAAUUACUGGGAGGGCCAACACUAAGAAAGGGGUGAUUCUGGCAUACUUGUACUUUUAUUUAGUGAACCAGUAGAACAUUGAUUGUUAGAAACAAUUGCAUAAUUUUGUAACAUAAAUUGAUGGUCUUGGAGAUCCUUUCAAAUGAUAUGCAAUGACAAUUGGGGUUUUCUUGCUCUGCUGUAAUUGAGAAAAACUGAGACUGCUUGGAACUGGCAAAGUGAGAAGUGAAAUACGAUAACGUUCAUUGUCGCUUUCAACCUCCUAAAAUAAUUUGCUGCAUUUACAACAGUGAAGUCCGCAAAUGGGGAGAAGUGCCAUUUGCGCCCAACAAUUUAAGGGAAUCUUCCAUACCAAGUUUGUGAUUUGCAACAGAGCAUGAAGUUUGCUCAUGCUGGCUAAAUACAUUUGGCUCAAUACAAGCAGUAGUAAUGCUAUCAGAUCAAAUUUAAAAGAACAAAAAGGAAAAAGGGAUACAUUUGGCUCAAUACAAGCAGUGCUAUUGCUAUCAGUAAAAGGACAAUCAAGACGCAGCUAUAAGGAAACCAUCGUUGGACUCUGGACCCAAGUGCCAAAGACAUUUCAUAACAAUAGCGGAGAAAUCAUGAAAGAAUAUUCAAAUCAAAGGUAUUUACAUCAUACAAAAUGAACUGCUGCCCAUGAGUGCACACUUUCUCCAAGGAGGGACGCAGGUAUUUGCAUCAAACCAAGUUAUAACAGUCAGAUGCUGAAGUCAUUCCCACGAUUAAAACUCGGAAAGAAAACCCUUGCAUGACGGUCUAGAGUGUAGACUACUGACAAAUGAAUGUUUUAAACAAGUAGAGACACCAGCGUACCU